GUGAACCCAACGGCGGCCGCGGAUGAGGCGGAACUGAACCGUAAGCUACGGCACGCGUGUCCGCGCAUUAAGCGAUGGAAAUCACGGUUAGACGAGGCGGACGGCAAUGUGCACCGAAUGCGCGAACAGGCCAUCAAUAAGUCGCCCGUUUAUGUGGCCGUCCAGAGGGGCAGCAAAAAUAUACAGAUCAGGACUCGCACUAAGACCAAGUGGUGGCGCAAAUGGAUCCAAGAGGGUAAAAAGUACGGAUUCGAUGACUCAUUCGCCACACCCAUUCAUAUCACUUCCGUAACGCAUAAAUACCAGAAACAGGUGUCGUUUACGAAGCACUCGCCGCACACGUCUCCGCGCCGAUCGCUGCCGGUGUCGCCCAUCAAGACUGGCAUACAUUCGCCGAUCAAAGUGUCUGUCCUGAAGGCGGAACAGUAUAUGCGAUCGCCAAAGAAGGAGCGCAUCCAACGAAACGUACCGUUGCUUACACUGACACCCGUCCCACUCAAUCAGGUGCUUAAGAAAAAGGCAAAAAUGGUCGGUCAUGUGGCGGGUAUUGGCAAAGGCCGGUGGGUUCAACAGGACAGUGAGAUGCUGGCCGUGCCCGGCAAAGAAGUGUUUCAAUAUGACAGCGAAACCGGCGGUUCAGAGACUGAAGACGAGACUAUGAGACGGGAGAGAAGGGGUGGAGAAAUACUCACAAAACUUAUUACACCCCCGAGUCCAACCGAUACAAUACACCGUUUGGCUUCAGCGAAACGACGCGAAACGCCUCCCUCUCCAAAGUCACCGAAGAGAUUGUCACCGAAGAAAAUCAUAGAAGUGAGCGAAGAAGAGUCCGAAGACGAGUCCCAUCUCUCGCCGUCGAGCAAAAGGAUCCGCUCGAAGAUUAGGGCCGCCGGACAGACAUCACUCCUCUUCUCGCCGAAUAGGAAGUCGUCGCCUAAACACGAGGUUUUAGUCGAAGAGAGCGAAGAGGACAGGACUGAAGACGAAGAAUCUGCAUAUUUGAGAGCAAAAAGCGCUGCCAUUAAGAAAAUCCGAGCGACCGGUGCUGUGAGGGCCGCACUCUCUCCCCACAAAAGUCCGCAUAAAUCGCCGCAAAUAAGUCCAGACAAGUCCCCGGAUAAGAGUCCGGACAAGAAGUCACAAAAAUCAGGAAAAGUGAGCCCAACCGCCGGCAACUCUCCGGCGGACAUCAAGAGAAAAAUCAAAGCGAUUGGCAAAACAAGAGCCGCUUUAUCACCAAAACGGGACCAAAACGACGAGUUUAUGACCGAUGAUAACGAGGAUGAAAAUGCAGAACCAGUUCAAGACACAAGUCCGUCUGGUAUCAGUCUUUUGAUGACAAAAAUGCGUUUUCUCGUCAAACUGUCGCCGCGGAGGAAGAAAGACUCCUCUGAAGUAACUGAUAAAGAAUUCAAGAGAAGAAGUAAGAAGAGUAAGAAAAGUGCGAAAAGUAAGACUAAAUCAAUUAAAUCGGCAAAAGUGGACGAAACGGACGACGAGAAUCUGGAGACCGAGACACCGCCUAAAGAGGGCUGUUUUAGGCGACUCUUUCAGACAUUGUGUCCCUGUAUUGCCAGAAAGAAAGAGCCGGAGCUCAUGGAAUACGAGUCCGGAUCCCGGGUUGCCGUCGAUUGA